UGUGCUUUUGUUGUCUUGCGAUCGCAGAGCACUUGGCUAAUGAAUGUAACGAUGUGUCUUGAGUCCGGUAUAGGAUAAAUUGUCAUUCAGAGUCGCCGCUAGCCAGCUUGUUAUUUCGUUUUCUGUUGGCCCUUGUUGAUCAGUGUUUUCUCCUCAUCUCGGCGCCGACUCGCCGCGCGAAUCUGCAGCACCGACCGAGUGACGGACGAGCAGCGCACCAUCUGGGCCCAUCUCGCAACAGGUGGAGAUGGAAGGCCGUCGGAGCUCGCAGCUCUGGAAGGACGAGGGCAGUGUCCUGGAGGCCAUUGACGAGUUGAUGGCACCCAGCUCGGAGUUCAGCCUUUCCGACAUUCAAGACAAGCAGGAAGCCAAGUCAACGAAGGAACACCAGUAUGAUGAAGAAGACUACAAGAUGCACAGGGGUGCCGGCUUUCCUCAUCACCAUCAACCGCUAAAGAAACACCAUUACCAUCGCCGGAGAAGCUCUAUACCCAGCAUUUCAGGGAAUCAGGAUCCUGCGGAUCUUCCCGCUGUUGCCGAAGCGAAAGAGCCCAGCCAGAGCAGCAAGCAGGACUCUGAAGAGGAUGCUGAAGGGAGCUCUGAUGUGGAGCAGGUUGAUGACUACGAAGAUAGCAAUAGCAAAAAGGCAAAGCAGCCCACUGAUGCCGCACAAGAUGUACCAGGUCCAAGUGGCCCGAGACAUGGCACGCCUGCAAAAGAUAAAAAAACCAUUGGUGUCCGUGAACCACCUCGCAUUUUUGUCACAAAUGAUACGGAGCCAGAGGUUGAAUUUCUACCAGCUAAAUUAAAGCCACGUGCUUCUGAUGUGUCUCUGACUGAGAAACCAUUGAAGUCAUCCUUGAAGAAGUCGUCCAUUUCACCUGAUGAUCAGCCAUUAGGGAGUUAUGGCUUCUUUCCAAACCUGGACACACGAACUGCAGAUUAUGGAAAGCAGUAUGCCGACGUCCCCUUAUCAUCAACUGUCCGAGAUUCUUCGCAAGAGCAAAAUGAAUCUGAUGGAGGACAGCACAAAGUUGCUUUUAUUUUGGGGUCUGACUCCACGGAAGAGGCAUCACCACCACAGCCUUCACUGGGUGACCUACAGCCUGCGCCAACGUCAAAAGGACUGGAACAAUAUAGAGCAAAAGAUAGGCAUCACCACCAUCAUCACAGGCACAAGCGACGUCGGUACAUCUAUGAUCCAAGCCUAAUGGUUCUCCACGAUGCUGAAGAUAAACACAGGGUUAUCACAGAGCCAGAAGAAGCCAUGACUUUACAAUCAGCUGACCUUGAAGAGAUGGCGAGCCAUAGAUUUGAAGACCAGAAAGGCAUGCGACGGCACAAAAUUCUUGCAAAGAACACUGUGCUUUCAUUUAUGCAGCCUGCAUCUGAAGAAUCUUCUGAAAAAGCACCUCCACCAGGUUCUGGCAAAAGAUACUCUGUUCCAUUCAUGAAAAAGCUCUAUGAUCGAAAGCCACAUGAAAUAUUUGUGGAGCUAGAUGAGCUUGUUCCGGAAACAUACGAGUGGAAAGAGACUGCACGUUGGAUCAAAUAUGAAGAAAACCUGAAAGAGGAUGUGGAUCGCUGGGGCAAGCCACACUUGGCCUCAUUAUCUUUCCACUCACUACUUUGCCUGCGCAAGUGCAUUGAACAAGGCACUGUGCUGCUUGACCUUGAAGAGAAGGAUCUCACUGGCAUUGCCAACAAGGUUGUUGACAACAUGGUGCUGACGGAGCAGAUACCACCAGAAAGCCAUGGUGCUGUUUUACGUGUGCUCUUGUUGCGUCACCGGCAUGGUGCGGAGAAGGGCCUCAACACUUUUCUACGUCGUAACUCCUCCGGUACAUUCACAGCACUCAAGUCACUGCGGUCAGCGUCGCUUGUUAGCAACUUUACAUCUUCGUCACAGGACCAUGUGAAUGGAAAUGCUGGCAACCGAAGCAUGCCUUUGCUUACGGCAGACACACGCAUCUCUAUUGACAAAGGGACACGCGACGAGACUGAGCCGUUUCUUCCUGGGUGUUCCACGGAUGAUUUGCGCAAGCCUGAUGCCAAUAUCCUUCGAAGAAUACCCGAAGAUGCGGAAGCGACCGCCGUGUUGGUGGGAGGCUUGGAUUUUUUGGAGCAGCCCACCAUUGCCUUUGUCAGAUUGGCACAGGGUCAAGUGAUGCCUAAUUUAAUGGAGGUUCCUAUUCCUGUGAGAUUUUUCUUCAUUUUGCUAGGUCCAUCAAAUACUGAUGACCUGGACUACCAUGAGGUUGGUCGUUCCAUCUCCACCCUGAUGUCAAACACAGCCUUUCACACUGCAGCGUACAAGGCAGAAGAUCGACGUGACCUUCUGAGAGCAAUCAACGAGUUCCUGGAUGAUAGCGUCGUUCUUCCACCCGGUGACUGGGACAGGAAGUCUCUGCUGCCUGUAGAUGACCUCAAGAAGAAGUAUGAGGAUAUCCGCAAGCGCAAGAUGCAGGCAAAGAAGCCGGCUCCCCCUGUGGAAGACAAGGCUCCGCAGUAUGAUCCACUAAAGCGCAAUGGCAGAUUGUUUGGUGGCCUGUGCAGUGACAUCAAGAAUCGCUACCCUUGGUACCUCAGUGACUUCAAGGAUGCCUUUAAUGGCCAGUGCUUAGCUACGGCCAUCUUCAUUUACUUUGCUGCUUUGUCAGGAGCCGUUACUUUUGGUGGCUUGUUAGGGGAUAAAACCAACAAUCUCAUUGGAGUGUCUGAGACUCUUGUGGCCACCUGUGCUACAGGCAUCAUGUUUGCAUUGUUGUCCGGGCAACCACUGGUUAUAAUAGGUGUUACAGGACCAGUGCUAUUAUUUGAUGAAUUGUUAUAUUCAUUUUGUCAAGAAAAUGAUGUGGAAUUCCUUGCCAUACGGGUCUGGAUAGGAAUGUGGAUAGCUAUACUGGCAACCUUGGUUGUUGCAUUUGAGGGAAGUGCACUCGUUCGUUUCUUCACAAGGUUCACGCAAGAGAUAUUUGCAUCACUCAUCUCACUGUUGUAUAUAUACGAAUCAUUUUAUAAGUUAUACUUGAUCUUUGUUACUCACCCUCUCCUUAAAGCAAGUGACUACUGUGAUAGCUCCGUUGAUGCCUACCUUCCAAACAACAUAUCUGCUUCAAAUUGGACUAACAUGUCUACCGCAAGCUGGACUUCCAUGUCUCCUGAAAACUGGAGUGAUGUGCCCACUGCUAACUGGAGUCGAGAGGCCUAUCUGGAAUUUCAAACUACCGAACUAACUCGUCAGCCAAACACUGCACUGCUGUCAUUGAUAUUGAUGUUCUCUACAUUCUUUUUGGCGGAUUUUCUGAGGAAGUUUCGCAACAGCAGUUUUCUUGGGAGAAACGCAAGAAGGGCUCUUGGAGACUUUGGUAUUCCUAUUGCCAUUAUUGCAAUUGUUACUUUGGACUUUUUUGUUCCAAACACGUACUCUCAAAAGCUGAAAGUUCCAAAUGGAUUAAGCACUAGCAUUGAAGGACGUGGUUGGUUUGUUUCUCCAGUAAGCUCAACACGACCAUUCAUUUGGUGGCACAUUUUUGUGGCUGCACUUGGUGCUAUACUGGUCUUCAUACUCAUGUUCCUCGAGAUUGAAAUCUGCGAGCUGAUCCUGAGCAAGAAGGAGCGCAAGCUGAAAAAGGGCUCUGGCUUCCAUCUGGACCUCCUGCUCAUCUGUUACAUGGAGCUGGGUUGUGCCAUUAUUGGUGCUCCGUGGAUGUGUGCAGCCACAGUGCGCUCUGUGUCCCACCUUGCUUCCCUGACUGUCAUGAGCCGCACUCAUGCUCCUGGCGAGUCGCCACACAUUAUUGGUGUCAAGGAGCAGCGUGUUACCAGCCUUCUAGUGUCACUUCUAGUUGGGUUGUCAGUCUUCAUGAGCCCUUUGUUGCGAGAAGUUCCUGUUGCUGUGCUGUUUGGAGUUUUCCUUUACAUGGGGAUCACUUCUAUGAUUGGAAUACAACUAUUUGAGCGCAUGAUUCUUUUCUUCAAGCCAACGAAACACUUCCCAAGUGUGCCUUACGCUCAAAAGGUGAAAGCUACCAAGAUGCACCUCUACACUCUUCUGCAAGUGGUCUGCCUUAUUGUACUUUGGGCGGUCAAGUCAUCUUCACUAGCCUUGGCUUUCCCUUUUGUGCUGCUGCUUAUGAUUCCACUGCGGAUUCAGCUGAAGUACUUUUUCACAGAAAAAGAAUUGCAGUGUCUGGAUGGAGAUGAUGUAAGCCUGCAGUCUGAUGAGGAAGAUGAUCCAGAUUUUUAUCAGCAGACAUUGCUACCUAGUUAAUGUCAUUUUUUUUUUCACUCAACCGUUUUACUGUUUUAGUUAUUUGCAUGUCACGCACCAUCUUUUCAUAGCCUUGUACAUAAACACAUGGAGUUGCUGCCAAUGAACCCAUGUACCAUAGCUCAAAGAGCCUACGAUCUGAUCAGUGUUCCAAGAACUCUCCCAUGACAAUACCUCCACUUGUCACCUGUUGAGUGUUGAUAUGCCAUACUUACGCAGAGGCCUGUUACUUUUUCUGUUUUCACAUUUGUGUAGUCUCAAUUUUGUUGAAUGCUGAUAUAGUGCUGUGGAAUCUAAUCAAAGUGCCAUGGUGUCUGGAACUCAGUCCCAUUUCCUGGUGGGAAGCAGCUGCUUUCUUUAUAUAUAUAUAUAUACACACACACACGCACACAUACAUAGUAUACUGUUGCCCUGUGUUGGAAGUUUAGUGUAUACAAUGGUAGUGUUUAACUAUCGCCUGAACAUGUUGGAGCUUGCUUGCUUGUUUGUGAUGCGGAGGCCUUAUCACUUUUUUCUGCAUAACUGUUACCUGUGAAACCUGUAGCAAUGAACUUGUUCUGCCUUUUUGUGAUCAUGCAUGGAAAAAGAAAAUGACUGUAAAGCUUUGUUCAGCUUCUUGUCCACUGAUUCAGUGUACAUGAGCACAUUAUAUACAUAUAUACACUUACAUUAACUUUGUAACAAUGCGAUAUCCUUAUGAAAUAUAGCUUCAGAGGUCCAAAAUGCUGUUUUUGGUGGUAGACUUGUGUUCAGUUAGAAUCCACCAAGUUUAAUGAUGUAAGGAACAUUUGCAGGGUCUUAAGAGAAUAAAACAGCAUUGUCAAUGAUGCUGAUAGUGGCUGUUGAAAGUCAGUGCUGACGUUAGCCACCAAAACUGUUCAUACGAACACUUUUUGUAGUUGUCACUUCAGGGGGUUGCUUUCAUUCCUUGACAGUUGCAGGCCAGGUUCUUACGAUCGCUGAAAUGCACAAAUCUGUGAGCAGUGACAACGUGGGUUCAUUAAGGAUUGGACUGCUGCAAUGUGGAUAAUAGUGUUUAUGCUUGAAUGUGUGCAACAAGGACAAGCUAUGGUAUGCAAGCACAUAUGGCACAGCAUUUAUUUCAAGUUGCGCAUGAAAUGCAUUGUUAUUAGGAGGUAGAAACCGCACACAAUAUUUUUGUUUAAAGUGGUGAUAGUGUGACUGUCUUCACCACCUAUAUAAUUUAAUUAUUUGAUGUACCUUGCAGAAAGGGUUUUUGCUUUUGUGGAAAACUAUCCCUUGUUGCUCGAUCUGUUUACUGCCAUUGCUGUUUUGCAAUGGACCUGUAUAGCUCUUCAGAUCAAUGUUUUCCUAUUAUACAUUAUGCCUGAUGAAUGUUCAUGAAAGCUGGCACUGCUGUACUUAUGCAGUGCAACACUUUGCUACAUCAUAAAUGCAAUGUUGAUAUUUAACUAUUUUUGCAUUGUUUUAAUAAAAAUAUGACAUUA